CCUGGAUGUGUCCUUGUUGAUCCACUAAAUACGGAGUUGUCCUUUGAUAUAAAGUUGACGUGCAUCCAUCGGCGCUGCCGGGACAAGAACAACGCAUCUUUCUUAAUCUCAUCGCCAAGACUUUUUAUCCAACAGCACGUCCACGAUCGUUUAAUUGUGCUUUUUUGUCCAACUACCAGUCACUCGCUCUCGAAAAUAUUCAGAUCUUUAAUUUUUUUUCAACUCAACUAAAAAGAAUACCACCAUCUAAUUUGAAACAAAAUGGUUUCCUCGCUGGCUCUCCUCGCUCUCGCCUCGGGCGCCCUCGCCCUCAAGGUCACCUCGCCCAACUCCAACACCGUCUGGAGCUCCAAUGAGAAGCACACCAUCACUUGGGAGUCCGUCUCCACCGACCAGACCAGCUUCAACAUUUACCUUUCCAACAAGGUCACUUACCCGCCCUCCGACAUCCUGAUCGCCUCCGACGUCCAGGCCAGCGCCGGUUCUUACGAGGUCGCGAGCGGCAAGCUCCCCGCUGGCAACAGCUACACCAUCGACUUUACCAACGGCACCAAGACCGAGCAGAUCUACGCUCAGUCGAACCAGUUCAACGUCACCGGAGGUUCGUCUUCUUCUUCCUCCUCCUCCUCGUCGUCCACAUCCACAACUGCGACUGGCUCAUCGACUGGAGCUGACUCUACCGCCACAGCUUCCACGACUUCGACCACCUCGAGCGGCAGCAGCAGCUCCGCCACCAGCACGGCCAAGACGUCCGGUGCUUCCGAUGCCAGCUCAACUGCUACCGGCUCGUCUGCUAGCGCCACCGCUUCCAAGGCUGCCAACUCCGCAAACGGAAAGAUGGUUGUCAGCUGGAUGGGUGCUGCCGCCCUCGCCGCCUUGGCUUUGUAAGAGGUUGAAACUUGUGGGUGAGGGGAUGAAAGGGGGAGUUUUAUGGAUGGGAUUGUCUAUUCUAUUGUGUUUUGGACUGCAACCAUUGUUAUCCGGCGGGCGCAGGUCAUGCUAUCGGAAUUGACAUUGUCAGUUAUUGUCAGUUUCAGGCCGGCAUUCGGCUCGACUGUAUGGGCCUAACGCAGCUGCAUCAAAAUGAUAAUUUACGAAAUACAUAGAAUUGAUUGAUCUGGAAUGUUGAUUUUUAACUUGGCUAUAAUCAAGGGAAACGAUGUACCUCGUAUGUGAAUGCGACCGAUUGUUUUCAGGGGAUCGAUCACUUAGCGGGCAGAUAACUUUUUAGCUCCAAAGUCAGUCUGUUUUGG